AUGGCCCCAGUUGAGCUACCCCACACAUUCCGCAAACUUAGACUCGACACGAAGACCACCAACAGACCUCCAAAGUCCGCCUUCGCUUCUAUCAGACGCGAUGACCAUGCUACCAAUGAGCCAUCCGCCGAGCCUGCGGGAAAUCUCGAUGCAUCGACGACAGCCGACUUCAACCACGCUGCGCCCCGCUACCACAACAAGGAUAUGGGCUCGUGGGCGGACGGUGACCUGGGGCACGGCGAUGGAGAGUUUCUUCGCAAACGUAAAACCUCCAUAAGCUUCGACGCGAAGGUGACAGUGGACAGCGGAAGUCAACAUGAUCUGGAAGCGCCAUUACCUAAACCAUGGCAUACCCAAAAGACCGCCAAAGUAGAAGCCCCUCUGGAUGCUGAGGAGGGGAGCAUGGACGGCUCUAUUCAUUCAUUCCAGCGUGAACGAGCGGUGAGCGAGUCAGCACGAUCGCAUUAUGACCCGGAAACCGGCGGGCUACUGGACGACGGGAAACCCGUACACAGGCCCAUAUAUCAGACUGGCGAAAGCCGACAUCCCCUGCUGCAGACCACGGUGGAUGAACUUGCAAGAGGCGAGGCCGUGCCCACCCAGGACCGGGUUGCCUCCCUGACAUCGGACGCUACCGCAUCGCCCCCUCUCGAGGAACUCUCGACGCCUGCCGAUGUGUCGAUGGGCGAUCAGUCGUACUUGCUUUCACCCGUUCCUAUUGCCUCGCCGAUGGACUUCCCGGCCAGCCACAGCGCCACAUUCCCCAUCAGCCGGCCGUCCAGCUCGUUGAGCCAGCGUUCUAGAAGCUAUCGCUCCGAGAAGUCGGCUUUUGGGAGCGUCCGGAAGGGCAGUAGGCGGGGCACCGUUCGAUCCAACUCUUCGAUGUCCCCAGCCGCUGCAUUUCUUUCCAACUGGGGUAAAGAAGAAGCGGCGGCGGUCACGGAACCAGACGACGAGGGACAGGAGAUUGGAGACCGCAGCGGAUACUUCAUCGGCCGUCAAAUCGGCUAUGGUGGCUUUAGCGUGGUCAAAGAAGUCUCCACCAUGGAGGAAGGCCAGAAGAUUGUGCGAGCAGUUAAGAUCGUACGCAAACAGGUCGACGGCAAGGGCGAAUACGAGAAUGAGAGAGUGCAGGCCGAAUUCGAGCGUGAAGUCGAGAUCUGGCGGUUCUUGAAGCAGCGCUAUAUUCUACCGCUCAUCGCUGUAUACGACACGCCGUUUGCUACGUUCUGUAUCACGAAACUGAACAAAGGCGGCACCCUCUUCGAUCUUGUACGCAGCACCCGCAAGUCUGGAUCCCGUGGUCUACCCGCCCGCCUAGCCAAACGGUACUCCUACCAGGUGGCAUCCGCUAUACGCUACUUGCACGAGGAUGUGAGGGUAGUGCACCGCGACAUCAAACUAGAGAAUUGUCUCGUGGACAUGUCCGACCCAAAAGCCAGCACAGAGGGUGGCGACAUCCUCCUCUGCGAUUUCGGCAUGGCUGACUUCAUUACCAACGAACACCGGCACGUCCCUGAACCAUACGAUAAUGGUCCGCGCAACAUUGGGCCUUCGGAGACUAGCUGCGUGGUUGCGGGCAGCCUUCCAUACGCGGCGCCUGAACUUCUUACAUCGCGGGGCCCGCUUUACUGCCCCGCGGUCGACAUCUGGUCGUUCGGAUGUCUUGUCUAUGCAUUGAUCACGGGAGCAUUACCUUUUGAGCACGGAUUCAACCCGACGCUGACUAUGAUGAUCCUCAAGGGCGAGUACGACGUGAAUGCUCUGAGAAAGGCACCUGCUGCAAAGGAGAGCUCGGGUGACGACAUCGUUGAGCUCAUCCAAGGGUGUCUGGCAAUGGAUGUCGAGCGGCGCUGGUGCAUUGCUGAUGUGCUUGACUGUCGGUGGCUGGAGGGCUGUAGAGAGCUUUUCGAAGAUGUUGAUGGCGCUUGGAGCUGA